GGUGAUUUCUCGUUCCCGAUUAAGCGCCAUGUCCCGCGAUGGACCAAUCAGCUGCUCGGUAAACCGCCGUGAGACCUCGAAUCUGUCCACAGACGAAUGACAACAAAAGAGACUGAUAGAAGUCGCGCGCGCGAGAGAGAGCCCGACGUUUUUUCGCACGCGAGUGUGUAUCCCGCGCAGCCGAGGUUGCGUCCGCCGUCGCGGCUGCUUUUUUCCGUUCGCGUAGCGCGCCGCGAGUAACGUCGCUCCGCUGGUGGCGAAAGUGUCGAGGAAUAUGAAGAGGAGAAAUGUCGAGUGCGGUAAGCUCCGGAGGCCCUUGAAACGCAACAAGCUCACCGAGGGAAUCUACGGAAGUACUUUGCUUUAUCUGAAGUUUCUCAUAGUCUGGGCCAUGGUGAUUUUAGCAGACUUUAUUUUAGAAUUCCGUUUUGAAUUUCUGUGGCCAUUCUGGCUGCUCCUCCGAAGCGUUUACGAUUCGUUUAAAUAUCAAGGCUUGGCCUUCUCUGUAUUUUUUAUUUGUAUUGCGCUCACAUCAGACAUGAUUUGCUUUUUCUUCAUCCCUGUGCAUUGGCUAUUCUUUGCUGCCAGCACUUAUGUUUGGGUGCAGUACGUUUGGCACACAGAUAAAGGAGUGUGUCUACCGACUGUGAUGCUGUGGCUACUAUUUCUUUAUAUAGAGGCAGCAGUGCGGUUGCGUGACUUACGUCAUAUGCCAUUUCAUCUAGACCUCUGUCGGCCAUUUGCAGCACAUUGCAUUGGCUAUCCUGUAGUUACAUUGGGCUUUGGUUUUAAGAGCUAUGUAGGCUACAGAAUGAGGCAGAGGAAACAGAAAGAUGUGGCAAAGGAGAAUGAGUUUUACCUGCAAUUACUGCAACAAGCACUGCCUCUAGAGCAACAAGCUAUGUCGAUGCAGCAAAUCCAACCGCAAGUGCAGUCGCAGGUGCAACAUGCUGCUGCUGCUGCUGCGUCGCUAGAGCAGCAUGUUAAAACUCAAACGCAUAAAUUGAGUCCACAGUAUAAUCCAAGUCCUGAAAAGAGCAGAGGUAGGAGUAAUAACAAUUCUAUAGAAACAAACGUACAAAAUGGUGGGAUACACAGUAGUAGCCAAAUUACAUCACCAACGCAGAGUGCUGCUAGCAAGAGUACUCACAGAAAAUCUUUAGAUAAGGGCGAGAGGCAGGAAGAGCAGCAUAAUAAACAUAAUGUAUCAAAUAAUUCACCGUCAGACAAAAGCGAUAAGAGAUUUAUACACAGUAACGGGAAUACGGUAUCGCACAGUGACAUACAGAUCAUCGAGAGGGUUGGAUCUGUAAAUGAUUUUGACAUAAAUGAAGUAGAAAAAGACAAAUCUAUCAAGGGCUGUGGGCACACCGCGAUAAAAUCGCAGUCGAACGGUUCGGUGACGGGAAAAUGGAGUAACAUGAAGGAUGCUCGAGACUCAUCGUCGACCAGCAACGUUCAACGUGAACGUAAGACUCGGCAAGUUAAAAAUACAGGUGACUCGGCGGAACAACAGAAACAGGAUGAUUAUUAUCAAAGGUUACUGAUGUGUCGCAGGCUCGAGGCGGACAUUAAACGCUUGAAAUCAGAUUUGCAGUCCAGUCGGCAGUUGGAGCAGGAACUACGAUCGCAGGUUAAUACUUUGCUGAAUGGUGAACGACAAGCCAAAAACGAUAUUCAACAGCUGCAAUUGGACAACGAUCAGUUACAAAGCAAAUUACAUGGCGUGAUGGCGGGACGUCAACUGGACAAACAAAUGAUGGCAUCGUUGGAAAAACGAAUUGCAGAAGAGAGAAAACAGCGUGCCGCGUAUGAAGUGUCCCUGGCCAACGAGCGGAAGGCAAGGCGGGCUGCCGAGGAGGCACGCUCCGCGAUUCCGCCGCCGCCCCCUCCGCUGAUCAGACAAGAGUGCACCGAUGCAUGCAAAAAUCGAAGAUCCCAAAUGGAGCAGGAUCUUAAAAGUUUGCGCCGUGAACUCAAAUCAAAGGAGGAAAGGUGUAACGCACUGGAAAAAGACGCGACACGUUGCAAGGAGAACCAUAGAGAGUCUGAGAUUCUACUCACCGCGCUGAAUGCGUUGCAAGAUAAAAACACGCAUUUGGAGAACAGCUUGAGCGCGGAGACGCGUAUAAAACUUGAUCUCUUUUCGGCACUCGGCGAGGUCAAGCGACAGUUAGAAAUCAGAGAGGGCUACAUCAGAUCUCAAGAGAAAGAAAUUGAAAUGUUGAAAACAAAAAUAGCGCAAGAUUUAGCUGUGAUGCCACAAGACACAUUUGGUCCAGCGCCAACCUGUGCGACGUCCAAGCUCCGUUUAAAUAGUGAAGUGAGAGUAGCGGGAACAAAAAUACGUUCAAACGAAAGUCCCUGUCCAGGGUGUACCGUGUCGAAUUUGGAUCCGAAUGCGACAGCGUACACGCCUAAAGGCUCCCUCGUAGCGUCAACCGAAGCUUAAGAACUGCGAUCCUCAUCACAGAACCCGAUAGUAGGAUACAUUAACUACAAAAGGAUGUUUCAAGUUUCUCCGUGGAAAUAUCGCAUUCAGUUCCUCCGAGGAUACACGAACCAAAAAAAAUACAAGUAUUGAUAUCGGUUACUGAAUUUCUGCCAUUUUCAUCUUCUCUAUUUAAGACAAUAUUUUUAUUAGGUAUGCUUCUCCACGAUAUAUAUAUAAAAGAAUUUACCCAUGAAAGUCUUCCAUGAGAAACUUUAUGAAACAUGUUUUGUAUCGUGUCUUGUCCUCUCAGAAGGAAUGGAACCGUUGACAUUACUUAUGAUCAUAUGACGCGACACUGAAUUUUAGUACGUCAAGGCAAGAUCCAGUGAUGACAGAGUCUUAAUUUAUAACAUUUAUGUUGUGGGUCGAUCUUACAAUGGACGUAACAAUCUACAUCUCGGUGAUCUCAGUAAGUGUUUUUAUGUGUGAAUAUUAUAUAUUAUGCAAUGUAUUGUAUAAUAUAUAUGUAACAUAGUCCAUCUUCAAUUGAAGAUCAAUAUGCUAAUUAUAGUUUACACAUAAGAUACGUUUGCUUACUCUGCGAAAGCAUUUUCAACAAUUGUCUUAUAAAUCCAAUUUGUAUGUUACAUACAUAUAUAUUGCUAACAGGACAGUCACAAAAUGUGUAUUGUUAAAUUAUGGCACUUCCGAGUUAUAUAUAUAUAUAUAUAUAUAUACACACAUGUAUAUGUAAUAUAUAUAUGUAUAUAUAUUAUGACUAUAUACUGUUAGCAUUCUAAAUUACAAAGAAAAAUUCCAAUUGAUCUUCAUGGAAAUUCAAAGAAUAUUUUAUUAUUUUACUAUCCGCAAUAAGAUCUUCCUGCAGCAUAUGCCUAAACAUACAUAAUGACUUGUCAAAGAUUUGUAUUCUUCCUCAAGUCAUAUAACUGAAGCUAGUCCAUCAUACAAAUUCUAUUUAAUAUCAUUGGCGUGUCGAGCCAUUUUACAUCAUCCGACUAUUAAACAGAAAAAGCCAUUGGCAGAGCACAUGUGGAAAUAAGUGUUUAUCAUCUGAAAAGGAUCAAAGUAAAUGUCACGACGCCAAACUCGUUUUAGGUACCAUAUACCCAUAUAAUGAUACUCUCGUACACCAUGUUUCUAUGCUUUUAAAUUUGCGUACUUUUAAUUUAAUAAUUCUCUUUUACGUAUUGGCUUUCAAACGGAAGUAACCCGUUACCGUCUUUCGCCAGAGCGAGAGCGUACGGAUUUCGAUAAGUGAUAAAAAUGGUUGAUUUGUAGGAGCUAAUUCGUUGAUAUAUAUAUGAAAAAAGUUAAGUUGAUAAACUUAUUUAAUUCGAAAAUUCUGGCAUGCGCAUAAUAUGAUUAUAUUGAUUAUACGUAAGAUUAUGUAAUGCCAUAUAUAUCUCUCUCCCUUGUUAAAAAGAAAGGAAAAGUUUAGAUGCGAGGUAGUAAUUUUAUUACGAGUACAAAGAUGGAGAGCAAAGUUAUUUUCAUAUGUGUGGAUCGCUCUAUUUAAGUAAGAAUAUUUAAUUUAUAUUAUUUAACAAGAUUGAGGGUUGAUGGAAUUAUAUGAAGUGAGUGAAUAUAAAAUCGACAAAAUUCUUUCUUCUGUUAUUACGAUUAGGUACAGAGGUGUAUACAAAGUGUUACAUGACCUUGACAAAUUAUAGCACCAUUGUAGAUGGUACUGUAAUAUUUACAAGAGAUCUGUGUCGACUUUAAAAAAAUAUCUAUAUUUUAUGGCGUAUUGAGAAUGCAUAUUGUUCAAGUGCAUUUUAAAUACUCAUGCAUGCAAGUCGUGCAUCUAUCUAUUGGUUCAUUAAUUAUGCUAGUUAAAAGGUGCUAUAUAUAAUGUCAGUUUUUGCAGAUUUAUAUGCACCUUUAUCUUCAAAAUUUGAUUAAAAAAUCGUUAUUUGAUUUUAUUUAAUUUUGGUUCGCGGGACGUUCGAAAAAACAAUUGUUGAAGAGAAUGUGUUGGCAUUACGAAUUAUUAAUCGCUAACGAUUAGAAGUAAAGUAAGUCGAAUAAUUAAUCGACUUUAAUAAAGUCUGCGUUUUUUUAUUUUAUCCGCAAGAAAGCCAGUACUUGCUUCGUUACGUUGCAAACGUUGUGUAAUUUGUUAACUAUUACCGAGGUCAUUCUUCCAUAAUUGUAUAUACAAAGCACUGUCAUGACAAUUUAUUUACGGACGCUAAUAGUGGAUCAUGACCAACUAGUCAAGCGACGGAGGAAGUUCUACAAGCACAAAUAUUUGUUAAGUAUUUAUAAUUUGUUCGAAGUUUUCUUCUUUGGAAAAGAUAGUAAAACUUUUCAACUCGUCAGGAUUUAGUAUCUGGACUCAUUAACGAAUUAUAUAUAACUAUUAUAUGGAACUAUAUUUCCUAGAUGAUGAUCCACAUACAAAACGACGUUGUAAAGGCUUUCCUGCACAAUGCGUAUCAUAAAUUUUGAACUCCAGUCUUUAAAAAAAGAAAAGCAGUGCUAAUUCGUUAUUCCUAAGGAAGAUACAUAAGAGCUUUUUUUAAUUGCAUACUUUAGUAACGGUAUAUUGUAUUCAUGUAUCUCAGUAAAUGUGGAGAUAGCCUCGACAGUUACUACGGUUUAUGGAAAGUAAAACAAAACCGUAUACGCAUUUCUGUUUCCGAAUUGUUGCCCCAGUGUCAAAACAAAAAGUAUUGCUCUUUGGUCUUGUGAAUAAAUCGUUGAUAAGUUGUAAUUAGAUUUGUGUUCACUUGCACUUAUUUGUACACAGAUAAUGUAACGAAGACCAUACAUGGAGAUAUGUAAAUAUUUGCCGGAAGAAAACUUUGAUACCGUCUUAUAAGGUCUCAUUGAUGUAACUGUUAGGGCACUUGCGUGGCAUAGUCAUUUUUGCUAUAUAUGAGAUUAAUUUAAUUUAUAAAAAACAUACUUGCCCAUUUUGUUCGAUAGCGAAAAUCUACGUACUAAAUUCGAUCGAAAGGCAUGUCAACGAAAGAAGGAGGAUAAUAAAGGAGGAACAGUCUAUUGAUUUGUCAAAAACGUAUCAAUCGUGAAUAAUUUGUAUGUACCUGACCAGGGUGUAUUGUAAUAAUCCCUUUUCGUUUUUUUUUGGCUAAUUUACUUAUCUUGGAUUUAAUUCCAUCAAAAGGCUGGUUCUUGAUAAGCAAGUAAUAUUAUUAAUUAACGAGAUAAUAUCGUAUAUAUUGAGUUAUUGUGAUAUACAUACACAUACAAAACUAAAAAACAAGUGCGCGCGCAUACACAAUACACAUACACACACAUGCGUGCGUGCACGCGCGCGCGCGCGCAUAUAUAUCAUGUGUAUAUAUACAUUCGCUUACAUAUUUAUUUGUGUAUACUCGUCGAGAAACGAAUAGUUGUUAUACAGUUAUCCACGAGUAUAUACAUGCAUAUAUGUAUAAUUAUUUUAUUUAACAUGCAAUGAUGCUCUCUCUUAUCAAAAUAAAUUAAUAUGAAAUAAUUAAUCAAUCACCGUAGGUAAGUUUCCUAUUUCCAAACGCUUUAUUUCACUUUGCGCUAUGAGAGGAAGACGCGCGUAUAUAAUCAGCAUAAGUACUUAAUUUUUAUGUUAGACCUGUGUGUGUGAGAGAGGGAGAGAGAGAGAAAAAUGAAAAGCGUGCACAAAUUAAGAUUUUUUUGUAAUAUCCGCUUCCUGUAUAAUUUGUAAGUUUUCUGAUAUUACGUAGCUAAUUUAUUAAGAGUUUGGCGAAGACAAUAAAUUUUUUCCGUUUUAUACGAGAGUACAGUGUCGAGUCUGAUCGCAAUUCCAGUUAACAAGAUUUUAUCGCGGAUGUCCCUUUUAUAUAUUAGUUAUUUAACAUUUUAUGCGCUUCCAACACUCAACUGUCUCUGUACUUAUUCCGUUGUUUAGCGUUAAGUUAGCUCGUCGAGCGAUGAAUAUAGCAUAUUAGGUGCAACACGGCUAUUGAUCUCAUCAAUGUAUCGCGCGACCGUACACGCAAAUGUCCUUAUUAUUAUCAAUUAGUUAGAAAAUCAAUGCGAAAGAUCUUGUUGACAAAACGUUUUAACGUAUUAUAAUGUUUUUCGGAUAAAACAAACGGAUACCAUAUCGCGUGUAAAUCUAAUAUGCCCAAUCGAUGUAUUAUACUCUGACGUGCUCCGUAUGUAUUUAUCACAUACGCGAGACAGUAUUUAAAGAAGAGAAACAAGAAUCUGGCAGAAAAAUACUUUAAUGAUCGACCCAUCGUAAAAUUCGCAAAACGUGAAUUAGCAUAUAUGCCGUUAUCAUACAUGCGUUUCUGUCGUUAGUUCGUAAUGUGUAACUGCGCUUCAGAGCCCUGUUCGAACGAUGGCAUUUCUGAUUGGUGCUGUAAUGUUAUAUUUGCAAGACUUUUUUUGUCUAAUAUCUUUCGUUUAUCAAUCGAUCAAUUGAUCGAUUCGUUUUAUAAAUUCUUCUUUCAUCUUUGCAAAAUAAUGUACAAUUUUUUAUCGAGUAAAAAUAAACGUUAAAAUUUCUCUCUCCUUGUAAUAUUAUAAUGUAGAAAUUAAUUAAAUCAUGAGUGACUUUUGUGGCAACAUCAUUGUAAAUUUAACUAAAAGCAAACAUUCACACAUUAUAUAUAAUGUUUCGUGCAUUGCUAUCAUUCGAUGGGCCCAGAUGCAAAAGAGACUUAUGUACAAAUGACAAAUCCUGAAAAAAGCCAUAUAGUUGGUAUGAUGAUGUUUAAUAACUUUAUCUAACUUUAGUAACUUUUAAAUGCUUUAUUUAAAUCGGAGAAUCUUGAAAUAAAUGUCAUAAAUAAAUGAAAUUGUUUGCUGGCAGAAGGACAUCUCAAAAGUAUUUUUUAAUAUGUUGAAAUUAUCGAAACUCUUAAAUUUUAAUCAUGCAUACAUACAUACAUACAUACAUACAUACAUACAUACAUACAUACAUAUAUAUAUAUAUAUGUAUAGUUACGCAUCUAGACACGUCUCGCCCAUGUUAUUAGUUUUACUGUAUGCUUUGUACUCUAUGCGAUCAGUGUGUUUCUCAUCAUAUAUAAUAAUAAUUGAUAGUUUCAAAUAAAUAAAAAGACAACCGAGUGGACAGCAAUAAUAUAUACGAUUUGUCGAUUAAUAUAAAAAAGAUUGACGAUCAGUUAACUCAAUUGUAAGUUCAACGAAUAUUAAUUACAGAACAUGUAAAGAUAAUCAACAAAAAUUUACAACUUUAUUAUUAUACAAUGCAAUCUAUCUUUCGCUGUAGUUCAGUUGUAUGAAAAGACUACAAUUUUUCAAAAUUAUAACCGAAAGAUCAUUGAUAUUAACAAUAGAUGACUCUUUUCAUUGUUUACUAUAUAUACCGCUAUAUACAUGCACGCGUGCGUGCGCACACACACAAAUAAUAUUUAUUAAAAUAAACGUUGUGUAAAAACCU